AGAAGCUCGGCGUCUCUCAGAGGCGUGCAGCGCCUGUAACAGCCUCCUGCGUGUUUUCCAGCGUGAACAUGAACGUGGCUGAAGCUAAAUCAGAGCUGAAGCGGCUGCUGAGCAGACUGAGGCCGGCUGAACUCACGCAGCUGCUGGGCUGGAUGAAGAACUCAGAUGAGCUGGAGGACGAGCUGCUGGGAGAUAACGGGAGGGUGCUGCUGCAGAGUAUUGCAGAGGACCUGCGGGCUAAUGUGCCCCCCGACGCUAUGCUGCCCUCUGAGACCGCUGCCUACAGUAAGAUGCAGCGGCGGUCACGGCCGACGGUUCACGUGGACAGCUUCCUGUACGACGACGAGCAGGUGGACUCCCUGUGUGAACGGGGGCUCAUGAGCCGCAACUACUGCCUCAGCUGUGGAUCCCACAGGACUGCACCUCUGGGUGGGAGCACAUCACCACUCACCUUUGUUCAGUUUGACAGGGAUGGCGUCCAGUGGGACGCUGUCCCUGUCUUUGAAGCAUGGAGUCAGGGUGGUGCCGCAGCCGAGCACCGCUGUCGAGCAGGUGCUGUUGGCUGUAGGUGUGUGUGUGUUCAGGGCUACGUGUACAGCUCGGCGUCCCGGCUGCUCGGCCUGGAGAUCAGCGAGGCUUUCGUCAGGCUGCAGGACUCCAUGCUGCACAAAUACAAGCUGACUGACAGAGUUCAGGUCCUCCAGGCUGACGUCUGCACGCAGGAUAUUCUGCUGCAAAACACAGAUGUUGUUGUCAUGAAUAACGUCUUUGAGUACUUCCUGGAGCCCGAGCAACAGGUCAGGAAAGAAGCAUCAGUAUCUGAUGAGAAGACUUUUCAACAGGAGAAUCUCUAACAAGUUGAUUUGUUCACGUCUUAAUUUUUGAGUGAAAUCUGCAUUUUGAGUUCAUGCACUGUUUGCAGAGAAUGCAACGGUUUCCUUUUGCAGUAUUUUUGUGUGGUCUUAAUAAAAGGGGAACAAAGGUAUUUAAGUUCACCUAGGAUGAUGUUUUAAUCUUCACAUGGUCUUAUUCUUUUUCAUUCUUUUCUUGGCGCAGUGGCAGAUUGAAAAGGGACCUUGAAAGUGUUUAAAAGUGCUUGAAUUUGACCCUGAAAAAGGCGCAUGAACCCUGAUAGGAAUACAUGUACAAAAUGUACAAAGAUGCGUACAUAAACACACUGAAAUGUACAUAACUACACUACAACGCACACAGAAAUACACUCAAAGUAUAUACAAGAUACAAGCAGCAACAGAAACAGUGAUGGUAAUAGGAAAGUUUCAUCAGCACAUAAUAAAACUCCUCAGCUCAUUCGCAGGUCUUAUACUGAACAGAAUACAACCUAACUACAAAACAUGGCACAUCGUUGUUUUUGUUUUUAAUAAAAGCUUAUUCAGUCUUUCUGCUUCCAGAGGAACCAAGAGUGCGAGGCAGCUCGGUGCUGCUCGUGAACUAGUAUCAGGUGAUGAGCAGGUGUGAGCGCCUCUAUACAAGCAGCUCGGGCAGUUUGCAUGACUGUGACUUUCAGGUGUGUGUUUGCCGCCAAGGAUGAAAACUGUCAGCAGCAGAGAAACAACAGUUACUGCCCAUUAGUCUGGGAAGAGGAUUAUCUCAGACAGUAGAGGACUCCAUUAAGCAUGCUGAAAAGUUCAUGUGCAGGUGGAAAAAGACUGAAUGUGCAGGGCAGGCAAGCGUGUUCUCUUUAAAAACACAUGGUGACAUGGCUUUGUUUGCAAACUUCAUUUGAACAAUGUGCUUUGGACAGG